AUGAGUUUGGAUCUGACUUCCCUGAACUCUCUCCUCCCUCUCCUUGUGGAGUCUGUCUUCUUAUCCUCCUCUGUGGCAGUGAUCCUCAUUGACUGGAACUACAGUUUUCUAGAGAGUUACCUCCCUCAAUGGAGGAGAAGAAAUAUCAGACAGGAUGCAUAUAUUUGCUUGUUUGGAGCAGCAAUUGCCAUUAUAUACAUGAAUAACUUUGCCAUCAACUGUGAAAACUGUAGAAUUGCUGGGACUGCCAUUGUUGUUCUACUUUCAUUUUGGCUUCAGAGUAAAACAAAUAAAGGGAAUGUCUCUGAUAAAUGUGUAGGUACCUCAGAUGUGCCAGUCUCCAACAAAUCAUUUGGAGGAUCCACAGUAACACAAAGGAACCAGAAAACCAGUGCCUCCAUCUGCUGUGGGGCUGGGACACCUCAGAACUCUCUGUCCCUUUCCUCCUCACAGUAUGAGGAAAAGCAAAAGGAUGAGGAGGAGCUGGUGGCUGCUGUACCAAACCUCAGCUCUGUCAAAGGAAGGAUAAAUGCCAACAGAAAUGCUAGUAAACUCACUGAUGAACUAAAGCAAAUCCAGAUGCUGAGUCAGUUGUCAUGCUUGGACGACUCGGGCCUCCCCCUGGAUGACUAUUAUGAGGAGCCCCCUCACACUAAAGUGGAGAAGAAGGGGUAUAACUCAGAGGAUUUUAAGAAGCUGUGGAAUAAGUGCAUGGAGAGUGACAGUAAGUGA